AUGGAGAUUCCAAAUAACAAUUGCUCCCAAAUGAAUGUUCUAUUGUGGAACUGUAGAGGUGCUCUUAAUUUGGAUUUUAAGAUGAGAGUUUUUGAAAUGGCUGUUAACCACUUUCCAUCCAUCAUGUUCAUUACUGAGACUAGGGUUGGAGGUGAUAGGGUUGCUAGAAUCUGUGAGGAUCUCCCUUUUGAUGGUUUCUUUGUAACAGAGACCAUUGGAUAUGCAGGAGGAUUAUGGUUGCUGUGGAAAAAAAAGGAAGUGGAUGUCUUUGUGCUGUCCUCAACCGAACAGGAGAUUCAUGCCACUGUUAAGGUACGUGAUUCUGACCUUACUUGGCUUAUUUCUCCUAUUUAUGCUAGUCCUAGAAUAGCUGAAAGGAAAAUUCUAUGGGAAAAUUUAACCCAAGUUGCUCAGUUGCACAAUAUGCCCUGGUUGUUACUGGGGGAUUUUAAUGAAGUUCUUAGCAGUGAAGAUAAAUUUGGUGGUAGGAGUAUAAAUCUUAAUAGAGCUUUAGAUUUUAAAGAGUGUCUGGAUACUUGCAGCCUCCUGGAUUUAGGAUUUUCAGGACCUAAAUUUACAUGGUCCAAUCUCAGAUAA